AUGCAGAAGGAGUCCAGCCCACUAGUGCCCUUACAUUGGCUUGGCUUUGGCUACGCAGCACUGGUUGCCACUGGUGGGAUCAUUGGCUAUGCAAAAGCAGGUAGCGUCCCAUCCCUGGCUGCUGGGCUCUUCUUCGGAGGGUUAGCAGGCCUGGGUGCUUACCAGCUCUCUCAGGAUCCCAGGAAUGUUUGGGUUUUCCUAGCUACAUCUGGGACCUUGGCUGGAAUUAUGGGAAUGAGAUUCUACAACUCUAGAAAAUUUAUGCCUGCAGGCUUAAUUGCGGGUGCCAGUUUGCUGAUGUUUGCCAAACUUGGAGUUAGUGUCCUGACCAGACCCCAUCAAUCAUAG